AUGUCAAAAGUUGGGGAGAGUAUUCGUGUGAUAUGGAAGAAUGAUCAUUUCGAGAUGAAGACGAUGACGAUGAAAUCUUCCGCUUAUUUGGAGUACUUGUUUCGACCAACUGGCUUUAAAGAGUUUGUUGGCCCUGAAGACAAAGACAAAUUGGUCUAUGUCAAUGCAAAGAGACUCUUAUCUGCAUGUUCCAUGGUUGAGACUGCAGAGUCUGUCGAAAUUCAAUUGCACCCAACGAAUAUAAUUUUUGAUAUUAAAGUGAACUCGAACGUCCAAAUGGCUCGAAUGGUCCAACUAGAUGAGGAAGAAGAACCCUUAGAUAGAGAACCGACCUUCGAACAACACGCUUUAGUGAAGGGUAACAACGAAGUGUUCUGCGCUGCGUUCACAUCAUUUCCAAAAGACACAGAAUUCAUUAAAAUACUUGUCAACAACAACCAAGUCGAAUUUCACUCACAUAACAAGACAAAGAAGAAUGAGAAAAAGAUCAACGCACAUGUCAUUGUUCCCGUUGAACGAUUUGAUGUGAUUAAAAUACCUCGUCCAAACGACUUCGGGUCCGUCGCGCAAGUCUCGUUGCAUUUUUCCGACUACAAACACAUCAUGAACUUAGCAAAAGGACUCUCCACAAGUCCAAAUUUGAGAAUUAAAACUCCUUCAGAGGAGGCAUACAUCGACUUCACGUAUUUCACAUUCAUUGCUGUAAGAUUUACCAUGGCGGGAUUGAUAGAAGAUGAAGAGACAAGUCAAACAGCAACAUCUAAGUCAUCAGAAGCAUCGAAGCUUAGAAAAUACACUGACGACGAUGUUGUGUCUAGCGUCUCGGUGAGUGUUGUUAAGUCUGCUGUGCAUUCUUAA